UUAUAGUGUUAUAUAAUGCCCUCGACGCACUAAAGGUAAUUACAUGUCCAGUAUGGAACAUUAUUUAUAUUGACAAAGAUGCACUUCGGAUCACAUCAGUCUGACUCGAAGAAAAUUUAGAAGGUGGUUGUUUUCUUUUGCAUGUCACCGUUGUCAUGUAGUCUGAGCAGCAGCACCACCACAGGCAGUCAAAGAAGUCUGUCAUAGCUCUCAGUAGAUGCACAGUAGUGUACUGCUGAGUUAACUAAACAACGUGUCCGUGUUCUUUAAGGUUUCGGGUUCUAAUGUAAUUCCUAGGCAGAGUAUCUCACGGUAAAAUAGCGGACUAUACUGGAGUCAUUUUCUUUAUUGCUGCAGCACUCUUGAUGCUAAUGAGGAAGUGGUUAGAUGCUCGUCUCGUACAACCAGCUUCACAACAGAAAUCCCGUCCGUGUAUGGCAGACUAGCAGUGCAGAAACGCUAUGGAUGCCAUCGGCGUCUUAAACACCAAUCCACUGGACGACUACGAGCUGAUCCACCGAAUUGGGAGCGGCACCUACGGAGAUGUUUUCAAGGCACGUAACAUUCAGACAUCGACCAUCGCAGCUAUCAAAGUAGUCAAACUGGAUGCUGGAGACGACAUUUCAAGCAUUCAGCAGGAGAUCACCAUGAUGAAGGACUGCAUGCAUAAAAACAUUGUGGCCUAUUUUGGCAGCUACCUCAGAAACAACAAAUUGUGGAUCUGCAUGGAGUUCUGUGGAGGGGGGUCAUUGCAAGACAUCUACCAUGUGACUGGACCCCUGAAAGAGAGACAGAUAGCAUAUGUAUGCAGAGAAACGCUACAGGGGCUACAUUAUUUACAUACGAUGGGAAAAAUGCACAGAGAUAUAAAAGGAGCCAACAUUCUUCUGACUGAGAGAGGAGAUGUCAAACUAGCGGAUUUUGGAGUAGCAGCAGAGAUAAAUGCCUCCAUCGUGAAGAGAAAGUCUUUUAUUGGUACCCCUUACUGGAUGGCUCCAGAAGUGGCAGCUGUAGAGAGGAAAGGUGGCUAUAACCAACUCUGUGACAUCUGGGCAGUGGGAAUAACAGCCAUAGAACUAGCAGAACUUCAGCCACCAAUGUUUGAUCUACACCCAAUGAGAGCUUUAAUGCUGAUGUCCAAAAGCAGCUUCCAGCCACCCAAAUUGAAGGAUAAGACCAAAUGGUCCAGGGAAUUCCACUAUUUUGUGAAGAUGGCACUUACCAAAAAUCCUCGGAAGAGGCCAACAGCUGAAAAACUGCUGCAGCAUGCUUUCAUUACUCAACUGUUGACCCGUAACUUGGUCAUAGAAUUGCUGGACACUGCCAACAACCCUGAUCUUCAGCAGUCUCAGACUAUGGACGACAGUGAUCUUGAGACAUGCAGUGUUUUUCCUGACAAGAUUACAUCUUUAGGGAAACAUCUGUCUGUCAGAAAAAGGGCUUCUGAAGAGCAGUUUGGCCAUGAAAAGUUUGGAAUAUCCAUGCAGAAAGACACAGACCCUUGCCCUGAUUCACUGGGAUCCUAUGAUGAUUGGAGUUCUAUUGGGGAUGAGGAAGAACCGCUAGGUCUACUGGAGUGUGUUGAAGAAGCUUUGCUUGAGAGGAGCUUAACUAUAAAGAGACCACCCUUGGCUGAGGACUUGCCAACAGAAGAGAACAAAUAUGGCACAGUGAAGAGGGUGGAGCAACCACAGGCAGCUAAACUUCCUUUCCUUGCAAAUCAGGAUAAAACUGCAUCCACCCCGCCUCCAAGUUCUUCACCUCUCAUUGGCUCAACACCCCACACAGAAGCCAACCUUUCCCUUGUUAAUGAGUCAGGAUUGCUGGUUGCUUCAACAGUCUCUGACCUUUCCCUCCUUACAAACAUCUCUCUCAUCAGUGACUCCUCAUUCUUAAAUGAUUCCACCAGACUGGGCUCUCUCUGCAUGACUCAAACCAAUGAUAUAAUAAUGGGAAGCUCCAUUGCUAUUGAGCCAGGAGGGAACAGUGGACACGCUUCUCCCCCACAGCCACUCUCACCUGAAUGGAGCACGCUUAGGAGAAAAACAGAAGACUCUAAAGAUGAUGUUCAUGGACUGCCACCUACACCUCAAGUGCAUAUGGGAGCCUGUUUCUCCAUGGUAUUUAAUGGCUGUCCCUUGAAGAUUCACUGUGCUAGUACUUGGGUUUUACCAAAGACCAGAGAUCAACAUCUAAUCCUAGGUGCAGAGGAGGGUAUUUACACUUUCAACCUCAAGGAGCUCCAUGAGGACACUAUGGAAAAGUUGCUCCCACAGAGAUGCAGCUGGCUAUAUAUCAUGAACAAUGUGCUAAUGUCUGUCUCAGGAAAGUCCUCACAGCUGACCUCCCACAGUCUGCCUGCACUCUUUGAGCACCGUGAAAACAUGCAACGGCGCCAAGGCCACCUGUCAAUCAAUGCCCACCGCCUGAGUACAAGAAUCAGCUCAAGGAAGUAUGCCAUGUCUGUGAAGAUCCCAGACACGAAGGGUUGUAGAAAGUGUAGUGUAGUACGGAACCCCUAUACAGACAGCGUUUUCUUGUGUGCAGCAGUGCCAAAUGGUCUGGUUCUUCUCCUGUGGUAUGAACCAAUGCAGAAGUUCAUGCAGCUAAAACACAUAUCUCUGAAUCUGCCAGAGUCUUUGCCAGUCUUUGAACUUCUAGUGCAAGAGAGUGAGGAGCUUCCACAAGUGUGUGUGGGGGUGCACUGCAGAAAUCACAACUCUGGAGAGGCCAUGGAUCAUCUACAAUUCAACAUCAUCCCUCUUGAUGAUUCACCUAGAGGACAUCCAGACGGUGAGAGUCUUGAACUGAAACAAGUAACUCAACUGGAUAGAGACACAGUUCUCAUAACUCUGGAAGAUACAGUGAAAGCUGUAAACCUGCAGGGUUGCUCCAGCAAAAGCUUGGUUUCAGAACUCACCUUCGAUUUCUCCAUUGAGACACUUGUGUGCUUGCAGGAUAGCAUUCUUGCCUUUUGGAAACAUGGACUUAAGGGAAAGAGCUUACAAAGCGGAGAGAUAGUGCAAGAAAUCACAGACAAGAGUCGUGUCUUCCAUGUGCUGGGGGCAAAUAAGGAUAUCAUCUUACAAAGCACUCCCACUGAUGAUCCAUCUGCCAUGAGCAACCUGUAUAUCCUUACUGGCCAUGAGAGCAGCUAUUAAUGCAACUCAGGAACAUGUAAAUUAAUCUACAGUGAUUUAAGGCACUUCUGCCCUCUAUAGCAAAUAAAGGGGGAGCCCUUGAAUCCCAUUGGUGGUAGACAGAGAGCGCCAGCAUAAUUUCUGUCAAUGUGAGAAGUCCAACAGUUUCACACAGAAGUAAGAAGAGGAGGUAAGAAAAGGAGGGUUGAGCUACCAGAGGCUCUGACACAACAGCAAAUCAACAGAGAUAAGAUGAUGAACUACAGGACAAACAAAGGACAACAAAGGACAAAAUUAAGCAGAACUAUGGGGUUUGUUUGGACUGUACUGUAAGAACAUGUAAUGUUAUACCUAAAAAAAACUGUUAGCAACAACUCACCUGCCGGUUAAACAGUUAUGGUAGCAAACAGCAAUGCUUGACCUGUUCUCUGUUUUACUGAUGGUUGUACUCAGGCAAAUCUUUACUACAUCACCACAACCAGUUCUUUUUAUAGAAUUUGGUUUGUGUUUUGUAGGCAGCUGAGCAUGAGUUGACUCAUUUGAUCAUCUGAUCAGAGAAAUGUAUAUUUGUUGAUUUCUCAUUCUAGUGAAUGUACAUUGCACUGUGAACAGAGUAUUAAAACAUUACAAAACUGUUUUAAAUGAUAUUAGUAUUUGUGUAAUACUAAUGCCUCCCAGUUAUUAGUACAGGAAUUUUAUAAUCCUAUACUAAGAACACCUGCCUGGAAAUACACAACAAUAAGAUCAAGAAACAGAAAUUAUCAUAAAAUAAUUAACUGAGUAAUUUUAGUGAUUGACAAUUGAUCCCUAAAAACUUAUUUAUCUAUUUUUAUUUAUUUAUUCUUUCUCACCAAUGUUUGUCUUUAUCUAUAUUUUUUUUCUUGCUACAUUCUAUACUGUCUUCCUCUUUAAUAAGUUUGGAUUACCAUAUUGUGUUUUAUUUAAUACAUUAAUGUAUUGCCCUAUUUCCAUACCUUUUUAAUCUUAUGUACUUGUUUGAUAACCUAGGUCUACAAAACAGUCAAACAACCCACCUUAAUUAAUCUCAUUUUAUAUCAAGGAAAGUACUUUGGAUUAAUAAAGUAAAAUCUCAUUGUC